CCGCUCUGAAGAUCACGGUUAGCGGAAGCUAUUCUUGUGAAGCUAACCGCCUCAUCUCGCGCUAUUGAGAAGCUAGCUUGCUAUCUAGCUAACUUUAUCGUUUUGCAGGUUUUGUGUCGGCCUGAAAACGGCCAAGAAGCGACGCACAAAGACCUCCAGUGUUAGCUGAAGAAGAAAGAAAAGGCUGCACAGAGGGGUAGUACAAUGCCGCACAAUUUUCAACCCGGAGACCUGGUCUUCGCCAAAAUGAAGGGGUACCCCCACUGGCCAGCCAGGAUUGAGGAUGUCGCAGAUGGGGCAGUGAAACCCCCUCCUAAUAAAAUCCCUAUCUUCUUCUUUGGGACCCAUGAAACAGCAUUCCUUGCGCCAAAGGACCUUUUUGCCUAUGAGAAGCACAGUGAGCGCUUUGGGAAACCUAAUAAAAGAAAGGGCUUCAACGAGGGCUUGUGGGAAAUCCAGAACAACCCUCAUGCCUCCUACAGUGCACCUGCACCUGCCAGCUCGUCUGGCAGUGAAGCUAAUGAUGAUGCAGCAGGAAGUGAUGCAGAGGAUGACAAGGAAGCAGUGGUGCCCAGUAAGGCAGAUUCAGGAAGUGAGGUAGAUUCUGACUCAGGAAGUGAGGAUCGAGGAGGUGGUGGUGGUGGCAGUGGUGGAGGAGGGGUCAAGAGGAAGGCCCCUGCUGCCAAGCGCCCCCCUGUGAAGAAGGCCCGGGGUUCGUCCAGUGACCGGGAUGGAGAGGAGAGUGGCUCACCCUCUGAGCCAGAACCUUCCCCUUCUGACUCAGACUCUGGAAAGAACAGUGACCAGGACUUCACCCCAGAGAAGAAGGCGGCAGCAGGCCGUGGAAGUGGGAAGAAGGCUGGAGGUGGCAAAGGGAAGAAGAAGGCGGUGUCUGACUCAGACUCUGACUCUGGGUCUCAGUCGGACAAGAAGAAAGGGGGCAGUGACUCAGAAGAUGAGAAGCCACGGCCUGCUCUGUCUGGAUCUGAAUCUCAGUCUGGCUCCAAAUCCGACUCUGACUCAGAGCCACAGCCACCUCCACGGAAGGCCCCUCAAGCACGCAAGAAAGAGAAGCCUCUGCCAAAGCCUCGGGGUGGACGGAAACCCAAAGCUGCCCAGGUCAGAGCACCGGCAUCUUCCUCUGACAGCGACAGCGACAGUGAGCCUGACCGCGUCAGUGACUGGAAAAAGAGAGAUGAGGAGCGUCGGAAAGAGCUGGAGGAACGCCGGAAGAAGGAGCAGGCAGAGGAGAUCCUCAAGUAUCGGGAGAGGGAGAAGGAAGAAGAUGAGCAGAGAAAGAAGGACAAGGAGAAGGGAAAGAGCAGUGGUGAAAACAGCUCAGAUGAGGGUGUAGAUGAUCACCCACUGAAGAAGUCCAAGAAACCCCCACCGCCACCCAUUCCUGCCCCCUCUGACUCUGACUCUGGACCUGAGGUGAAAAAAUCUGCAAAGCGUUCAGACAACCAGAAGAAAGGGAGAACAAAGAAAGAGAGGGAUCAUGGUAAAGGCAAAAAGGAGAAAGAAGUGAAGGAAAAGCGAGCCCAGCGGUCAGAAGAGAGGCCCAGAGGGAGGUCCAAGCCUGACAAGCCCAAACGCAAACCCGAGAGACCUCCCGAGAGGAAAGUAGAGAAGAAAAAAGAGCCAACCCCAGACGAAAAGCUGCAGAAGCUGCACACGGACAUCAAGUUUGCGCUGAAAGUGGACAACCCAGACAUAGAGCGCUGUCUACUGGCCCUGGCAGAGCUCGAGGCUGUGCCGGUCACCAGCCACAUCCUGCAGAAGAACUCUGAUGUUAUCGCCACACUUAAAAAGAUCCGCCGAUACAAGGCAAGCAGUGCCGUUAUGGAAAAGGCCAGCCAGGUCUACAACAAGUUAAAGGGUCAGUUUGUGGUCAAGUCUGAAAUGCCAAAUAAACACAAAGCUGAGGGAAAAGAGCAGGAAGAGGAUGGGAAGGAGACACAAAAUUCUGAUGUCAUGCCUGUAAAUGGGGAAUCAGAAGUCCAGAAAAAGGAAUGUACUGAGUUAGAGGAUACUCCAAAGUCACCGGUCCAGGAAGAGAAUGAUGAGCGUAUGGCUUCAAGCCCCAACAGGCCCAGUCCUGAUAGUCCUGCUGAGCAGCAGACGCACACUGAUGAUGAAACGCACCACGCUCUCUCAGAAGAGACUGAACCGCCAGCAAUAGAGAGCUGAAGAAAGUGGAGCACAAUUGUUUAACACAGCUAACAGGUCAUUAAUCUCGUCCUGGAUACAUGGCGCUGUGCUGACCCCUUUGUUGUUCACAAUUGUAUUUUUCCUUUUAUACGACACCUUGGCCUGCCCCCCCCCCACCAAAAGCUACUUUGCUUUAUUAUUCUCCCACGUGAACUCUAACUUUGGUCUUUCAUAUUGUAUGUAUAUUGAGAGAUUCCAUUUUUAGCACUUCUAACAGGAAAUUUUGGGGGAAAAGAGGAGCCUUGUGAUGAGUGUUCUGCAGUAAUUGCAUGUCAUGUGAUUCAAGGCAUCUGUUGGCUUUGAGAAAAAUAUUGGAGCUGAUAGAGAACAUAGAAAAUGCUAAUGUGUGUUGGACAAGUAUGGGUGUCUUGACCGUUGGUUAUGAAUAUUUUUCUUUUUAUCUGGUCAUUUCUUAUUAAUUCAGUCUCACCAUGAAAAUCUAAAGCCAUUGAACAUAAUCACAUUACAUGUUUUCCAACUAAGGUCCACCUACUUUUUUAUAACAAGUAUGUUUUCUGAUAUUGCAACAACUUUUGACUUGUGGAAAUAUUUGCCCUGUCAUUGUGUCUUCUCCAUCUGCUUUCAAUAACUUGCCUAUUGAAUGGGAUAAUAUUACAUUGUGUACAGAGUGAACAAUAUGAUCUUAAUCACAAGUUGUCCAUAUCCCAUGUAGCUGGAGCCCAUUUGGCAUUUGCUUGUCAUACAUACUUUGGAAGUGUUUUUAGUGCUAUGUAAAUUGGUAAAAUCAUUUGUAUCGUUGAAUAAAAAUCUCAGCAUGGUG